AUGUCGUCACGUCCGUCUCUACUGGAUUUGCGAUCGGAUUCUUCGAACUCCAACCUUUCUACAGUCUCAAAACCCUUGCGCUCACCUCGCCUCCAUGUUGCUGGCGAAGUUCCUCCUGAGCUGUCCCCCUUGGACGCUUUCGCCAUGCAAAGCCGCCUGCUCGCAAGGCAAUUACAAGAAAGCGCCAAAGAGGGCAACCGAAUGAGUCGCCUUCCUCCUCUAACUGUUGAGAGCCCAUUAAUCGUCCAGGGUCGCUCUGAGUACUUUCGCUCAUUGUCACAAGAUUCAGGCUCCGAAGCCGGUGAUCAUCCCCCUCUGCGCCCUAGUUCUGGCCUCGCGGUAAGGACAGAGGUGGAGGAUGCCUUUAGCGAUGACGCUGAGCGCCCUGUGUCUAUGCAUCCACGAAUGAGUCGAAUACCGCCUACUCCCGAUGAAGAGGUACCCGCAGUGCCUCCACGAGCUCCGUCUCGAGGACGGGUAUUGGAUCACAUUGAUGAGACAGGCUCAUUUUUCGGUGCCAGGAGAGAACGGUCGCCCUCACCGUUACAUAGUGAUACGCAGUCACAGUUUGACAAGCGAGUUGAAUCAUCUCCGUCUCGGAAAGACGACGCUGCCUCGCUACUUUCUGCCCGACGACCAAGCGGUUCGAUCAGCGAAUCAGUCACCUGCUCACCAGAAAAGCCCAAGCAUUCACAUGAUGAACUCGGACUGGCGCCACCUCUGACCUCAUUUCAUCAAAGACGACGUACACCCAGCAAUGUCUCAUCUCCGGCGUUGCCUACUGACGAGGAUGGCUCUAGUGGCAUGGCGGCCUCGUUUCACUCACUACCUCCACGGAAGCUAUCUUCUGCAAGUGCAAUGACAUCCCCUGCGGUAGGCUCUUAUCGACGAUCUCCUUCCAUUGGCUCCGAAUCCUCUGCGCUUCCCCGACCGUCUUUCAACUUUUCAAGACCUAUGAGCAGGUCUGGCACACCUGUGAGCAUGCAUAGUGAGGCUUUCCUUGAGCAACAGGCCGAAGACCGUGAUAAGGGUGCGCCAUCCUACAUCUAUUCCAAAUUCUCACUCCCGAGAGGCAAGGCCAUUCAACGCGCGGAACCAGAUGAAAAUAAUCCACAGGCUUCCUUCCAUUGGGAACAACCCAUGGUGCCCCCAAGCGACGUCCACCGAUUUGAGAAUGCCCCUCCACCAUCACCUCCUACUCGACCUACAAGCUCCUCCGCCAAUACCGUUCCAGACGAUUCCCUGGCGUCGAGUAGCUCAAUGCCGAAGGCAUCAAUCGAGCUGAGAAAAGUUCAGUCGGAGACGACACCGCCACCGAUGCCCCAGCUAUCCCCGACUGCAAGCAGAGCAUCUGCUGAGGAGCCGCGUGCAUCAGAGGACGCGCCUAGAGGCCGAGGCCGAACGCCCGUGUCGAUAGCCACCAGUGACACAGCAAGCACGAUCAAACCACCUCCAACAGCUCGCUCGACAGCACCUACAGCAUCAGAAAUGAGUGCAGAAGAGCACUUGGCGAAGGGUAUCGCAUGUCAUGAAAGUGGAGAUCUCAAAGAGUCCACAUACCACCUCAGAUAUGCAGCACGUCUAGGUGACCCGACCGCUAUGCUCCUCUAUGCGCUUGCCUGCCGUCAUGGAUGGGGUAUGCGUGCUAAUCAGAAAGAGGGCGUGGAAUGGCUUAGAAAGGCCGCGGAAUGCGCUAGUGUCGAGAUCGCGGAUGACGAGAGUCAUGUCAAGGAGGGCAAGCAUGUUGACGUUGUGGAACGAAGGACUCGAAAAGCCCAAUUUGCCCUGAGCAUUUACGAAUUGGGAGUGAGUCACAUGAAUGGCUGGGGUAUUGAGCAGGACAAGUCACUGGCUCUCCGGUGCUUCGAGAUCGCCGGUAACUGGGGCGAUGUCGAUGCGCUGGCUGAAGCUGGCUUCUGCUAUGCGCAAGGUAUUGGAUGUAAAAAGAAUCUCAAGAAGAGCGCCAAAUUCUAUCGCAUGGCUGAAGCCAAGGGUAUGAGCAUGGUCGGGAAUAGCUGGAUUCACAAGGCCAAAUACGAUGACGACGGCGAGUCAACCGCGUCCAAGAAAGACAAGAAGAAGGCCCGCAGCAAAUCUCGAACCAGAACAAUGUUUGGACUGAAGUGA